GCUCGACACGGACCGGAGCGGUACGCGUCCGCUUCGGCUUACCAAGGUUUCAAAGUUCGUUCCUUUUUCCUUAAUUUUUGUACUUACAAUGAUCUGCUCCUUUCUGGAUUUCCAUUUUAUGCACAUUCGAGCUGUUUCUUGUUCUUGUCGAUAUUCGACGGAUACCUUUACCGGGUGGCUGUGGUUUCCCAAAAUCAUACGACUGAGCAUGAUUGUGUUUCUGAAUAAUCACGCCGUCUGGGAAGAAUAAUUGAUGCUGCUGAUGACUAUGCCUUGUAAUUCUUAGCAGUUUUUGAGGCGUCGGUUUCGCGUAUUUGAUCUCGGAUUGAAUACUUCUCCCCGCUUUUUUGUAGUUUUUUGGUUGGAGUUGAAUUUCACGGUGAAGGACUGUUCGGAAAGUUGAGGUUGUCGCAUUAGUUUCGUCGUAAAUCAAUUAUCCAGUCUUCUGUGUUGAUGCGUACUGUAAUUUAUUUGAAGCUUUCUACUGCUUGUCGGUUUCAAAAAAAUUUGUAAAAAAAGUGAUCUCUGUUGGUGUAACUAGCUUUUAGACAUCCAUGUCUGUUGCCUGCUGCCUCCCACUUGUUGAAUGUGUGUCCUGUUUAGCCUGCAUUCGUUGGGUUUGGAAGAAAUUUUUGUACACUGCUGGGCGUGAGAGUGAGAAUUGGGGUCUUGCAACAGCUAGUGAAUUUGAGCCUGUUCCCCGGUUUUGUCGAUAUAUCCUAUCUGUUUAUGAAGACGACAUUAGAAAUCCGAUUUGGGCUCCCCCUGGAGGAUAUGGUGUGAAUCCUGAUUGGAUUAUAUUGAAAAAGGAUUAUGUGCACACUCAAGGGAGAGUGUCCCCAUACAUGAUCUAUCUUGAUCACAGCAAUGCAGAUAUAGUUUUAGCAGUUAGGGGUCUUAAUUUGGUGAAGGAGAGUGAUUUUUUGCUGUUACUUGAUAACAAACUGGGGCAGACAACGUAUGAUGGAGGUUAUGUGCAUAAUGGGCUGUUGAAGGCAGCUCACUAUGUUUUCGAAGAAGAGUGUGAUACUUUGAAGGAAUUAGUUGAAACAUAUCCAGACUAUGCUCUGACAUUCAUCGGGCAUUCCCUUGGAGCUGGAGUUGUGACAUUGCUAACAAUGUUGGUGGUCAAGAAUAGGGAGAAACUUGCGCAUAUUGAAAGGAAAAGGAUUCGAUGUUUUGCCAUUGCGCCAACAAGGUGUAUUUCACUAAACUUGGCUGUGAGAUAUGCUGAUGUUAUUAACUCGGUGGUGCUCCAGGAUGAUUUCUUACCUAGGACAACCGUGGCACUGGAAAAUCUCUUCAAAUCACUUUUCUGUUUUCCUUGCUUGCUGUGCAUAAUGUGCUUAAAAGACACUUGCACAUUAGAAGAGAAGAUGCUCCGAGAUCCCAGGCGGCUGUAUGCACCUGGUCGCCUAUACCAUAUAAUUGUAAGAAAACCUUUGAGGUGCAAAAAAAUCACCCCUCUAGUUAGAACCGCAGUUCCUGUGGAUGGACGAUUUGAGCACAUUGUUCUCUCCUGCAACAUAACAUCAGACCAUGCUAUUCUUUGCAUACUGAAGGAAUCUGAAAGAGCAUUUGAUUCCAUGCUGGAAAAGGAACGUAUAAUGGGCAUUCCUCCGGCACAGAGAAUGGAGAGAAAAGCAUCGCUUGCAAAGGAACACAUGGAGGAGCACAUGGCUGCAAUCGAAAGAGCAGUAGCCUUGGAUGUUCCCCACGCAUACUUGCCCUCUUACGGAACAUUCCAAGAAAUGGAGGAAGGUGAGAACUCAAGAAGUGUACCUGGUUGAUCUUUCCCAUUUCUGAUACAGAUGAGCAUGGAGAGCAAACAUGGGGUCUGAAGGUUUUGUAGCCAAGAAGCAGCAGAAAGUAGCCUCUAGGAAUUGAGAGGAGAUCUUUGAGGAAUAGUCAUGGAAGUGGCAGCUGCAACAGUCCAAGCUCUCUUCGCCAGCCUUUCUUGAUCAUGGAAGCACAACAGAGAAGUCUACUAUGGCAGCUUCAAUCAGUCUUCUUUCCUUCAAUAAAGUUACCAUCUUGUACAGUCUAUCAAACCUUAAAUUACAAUUGUUAGUAGUUUCUUGAUUCCCUGUAAGUCCAGCAAAAUCAAUUAGGGAAUCCUGUGCAUAUUUAUCUUUCGAAUUGUUUUAAUGAAUUUUUAUUUUUUGGAAAGAGUGUUGGAGCUAUAAAACAAUAAGGAUGGUAUAAUUACAAAUGUAGUCACAAACAAACGCACUAAACUGUAGUAGGGUUGUAAUUUACUUUUGAUAAUCUAAAUAAAGCCAC